AUGGGGCUCUCAAAAUCAGAAUGCAAGAUCCACCCAUCUCAGCACCAAAAUCAAGGGGUUUGCCCAUCAUGUCUAAGAGAAAGGUUAUCUAGUCUUUGUUCCACUUCGCUCAACGAAGCUUCAAGACUCGCUCCUUAUUAUGCUUCCAACUCUGUAUCACCAGCCCGACUUCGUAUUUCGCAUCGGAGGAACGGUUCUGAAGUGAUGGGAGUCGCCAGAUCGUCGUCUUUCAUGGGGAAGGUUGGUGAUAAUUAUGGCUUGAAGAAGAGUAGAUCGACUGCUUUUGUUGCUAGAAAGGUCGAUGAUGAGGAUGUUCAGAAUUGGAAGAACAAGGAAAGGAAAGGGUUUUGGUCCAAGUUGCUUCGUUUGAAAGGGAAGAAGAUGGAUGUUGUGAUGCAGUCGACCAGGUUUGAAUAA